CACUUUUCAUCUUCUUUUCCUCUUCCUCGCCCUCUGUCGCCCCCCUCUCACUUCUCCCUCUCCGUUGCAAGAAAAAUUUGUCUCGGGUCGAUCGGAAAUCCAUCGAAUUCGAGGAAUUUAGGUUAAAAAUCUGGAUUAGAAGACGGAGAGAGGAGAAAAUCGGGGGGAAGAAACCCUUCCUUUGGGGUGGAUUUGGGAGCCGGUAGCCCUGCAAUCCUAUCUUCUUCGGCCUCCGAUCGAUGGAUUCCGAUCUAUGGAUCUCCCGUCUCGCAGCCGCCAAGAGGCAUUACUUGCUUCAGCAGCCCCAAAACCCCCAAUCAGAUCGGCUGGGCAUCGAUGACGUCGAGAUGGAAGAGGAGGUCCGCUUGGAUUUUCCCUGCCCGUACUGCUACGAGGAUCACGACAUCACGUCGCUAUGUUCCCACCUCGAAGACGAGCAUGCUUUUGAGUCUAAAGCCGCUGUCUGCCCCAUCUGCUCUGUUAAGGUUGCAAGAGACAUGCUAAAUCAUAUAACAAUUCAACAUGGGCACUUUUUCAAGUUGCAGAGACGACGACGAUUACGCAGAUUUGCUAUUCCCAGCAGCCAGACACUUUCUAUGCUGGGAAGAGACCUUCGAGAGGCUCAUAUGCAAUUACUUUUGGGAAAUGGGGCCUAUCGGUCUAGCAACAACAGUGCAUCAAAUACUUCGGCUGAUUCAUUUCUUUCAUCAUUUGUCCUAAAUUUUCCACCAUCUGAAACUGAAGAAACUUCAAAAUCUUCCAUCUCCUCUGCAAAUGAUGCUUGUAUAAAACAAGCAACACCUUUGCAGACUUGGAAAUCAAGUCUUGACUUGUCCUUGAGUCAUGAAGAGAGGGAACAAAAGCUGAAACAGGCAACUGUUAGAGCAACAUUUGUGCAAGAUCUGCUUCUGUCUGCUUUAUUUGGUGAUUGACCGAGGCUGCACCUAAACCUAAUUGCAAAUGGGUUGUUGGUGAUUCCAAAUGCCUAGAACACACUUCUGGUAACUGAAUUAUAGGUGAAUGAUUUUGUUAAGGUGUUCUGGGGCCUUGACAGCAUGAGGUGCGAGAUCAUGUAACGGCCCUGUACACAUUCUAUAGAUGCUUAUCAAGGUUAAGUGACAUCUCCCAUCUUUGCCGCCUCUUAGGAAAAUGCAAGUUGAAUUGUACGAUACAUAAAGUAUCAUCGUGUUCGAAUAAAUCCACUCAUCUAUUCUACGAGUACUUAAUAUGCAAUAUGUAAAACUCGGUAUGUAUGAGUAUGAAUCAGUUAUAUUAUUGGUAUUUAAUUAGAAACCCGCCCUUUCUCGUA